AUGAUGGGGCUUCUAUUGGCGAGAUAUGGAUUAAGUGACCAGUCUCUCCUGUGCAUUGACUCGAAAUCUAGCGCCCUCAAAAGCGGCCAGGCAGACGGAAUACAACCCCGGACAUUAGAAGUAUUCAAGACUUUAGGAAUUUCAGACGAAAUUGAGAACGAGGCCUGUCAUAUGUGGGAAUUUGCAUUUUGGAAUACUUCUCAAGAUAAAUUGAAGAUCAUUGAGCGGAAAUCCGUCAUGCCCGAGGUGAUGGCUCCAGCUCGCUUCCCGUACGAAGCAACCAUUCACCAAGGUCGAAUCGAGCGAAUCAUGGAAACGGACCUGUCAAGAUAUUCGAAACGAGCCAUAGUCCGAAAUACAAAGCUCCUCAACGUACGCCUUGACGAGGAAGGCGAUCCUGAGUUUCCUGUCAUAGCAGAAAUCGAAACUAGCGGCGUUAAGCAGACUAUACGCUCAAAAGCUCUUGUUGGCGCUGAUGGCGCUCACUCAACUGUGCGCCAAAAUUUGGGGCUCGAGUUGCAAGGCCAGUCGCUGGACUAUAUUUGGGGGGUUGUUGAUAUGGUCGUUGAUACAAAUUUCCCCGAUAUUCGCCGGCGUUGCGCCAUCCACUCUCCAUCAGGAUCUGUCAUGGUGAUUCCUCGUGAGCGAAUAAUAACAGGAGAAUACCUUACUCGUAUUUAUGUUCACGUGCCAGAUGCUAUUAAGACUGGUUGUGAUAAAGCUGGCACAGACAGCAACAGUGAAGAAAUUCAGACUGGGGAUGCGAGACUCCGGCGGAGAAAGGUGACUUUAGAAAACAUCUUACAACAGGCUAGGGAUGUUUUCAGACCGUACCAUUUUGAGCCGAAAGGAGACGAUACCGUUGACUGGUGGGCAGCAUACCAGAUCGGCCAGCGUCUAUCGCCAGAAUUCGCCGUGAGAGAUUCUCAAGGGAUUGACCGUGUCUUUAUCGUCGGUGACGCAUGCCAUACACACAGUCCAAAGGCUGGUCAAGGAAUGAAUGUCUCUAUGAUGGAUUCGUACAAUUUAGCCUGGAAACUCGCCUAUUGGAUAAAUGGCCUUAGCCCAAUAUCAUCAAACUCGGGAAAACCAGAUUCUCUUCUACAAACCUAUCAGAUUGAACGUCAUUCUAAUGCACAGCAAUUGAUAGACUUUGAUCGCCAGUUCUCCACCGUAUUCUCUGGACAGUUUAACGAGGAAGAGGCUAGCAUAUCGCAUGCAGACUUUGUGGAACUAUUCAAUACCGGGAACGGCUUUACUAGUGGAUGUGGUGUCGAAUACCCAAGUAACCUACUAGUUUUGAAAGACUUCCCUGGUGGGGAUUGUUUCAAUCCGGUUCAAGGAACGAAUUACUUGGCUGGCAUAUUACGACCGGGCCGGAGACUUCUAAAUGUGAAGCUGAAGCGAUUUGCCGAUGGCUGGCAAAGAGAUAUUCAAGAUGAUUUACCUUCAACCGGAAGAUUCUGUAUUCUAGCUCUAGCAUCGUCUGAUCUUCUUGAUCCAGAAUCAAUUUCCGCCACGACACUGAACAAAGUGUUCGAUAUCACACAGCAAUUUCCAGCUAAUACUGUUGAAGAAAUUAUUAUUUAUCCUAAUCUUCGUCAACCAUUCAGUUGGGAAGAUAUACCAGCCAGAGUUAAGGUCCAUGCGGAAAUGCGAUUCUAUAACGGAUACGAUUUGGAUGACGCUUACAAAAUCUAUGGGGUUGACCCGUCACAAGGCGCACUCGUUGUGGUAAGACCAGAUGGCUUCAUGCGACAAGGCCAAUAG